UAUCACGGAAGUCAACAAACCGGGCAGCGAAAUGUAAAAAAGCACUUUACUUUAUUUACUUCCUUGAUUUAGGUCUUACGUUUAACGUUGGCUUCGUGUGUUUUAAAAACGAGCUCUUGAAUGAAACCGUAUGCCUUUCAAAGGUCAAGAGUUGGACGUACUUUGCGUCAUUUAGCUAGCGUUAACGUUAGUUACUUUAGUUUGAAGGCACCGUUUGAAAAUGAGCGAUUCUCUCCUCUCGCACAUUAACGUGGUGCUUGUAAUGGCCUACGGUAGUCUGGUGUUUGUUUUGCUUUUCAUCUUUGUCAAAAGACAAAUUAUGCGAUUUGCUAUGAAGUCUCGGAGAGGACCGCAUGUUCCCCUCGGCCACAAUGCUCCUAAGGAGCUGAGACAACUAAUUGAAGCCAAACUGUGCCAGGUCCAGAAAAUCCAAUAUGAGCCUCAUCUGCUGUGCCCAGAUGAUGACCGGCUAAAGCACAGAGAACAGUCUGGUUCCCAUGACUACCUGUACAGGAUGAGAGCACUGGAUGCCAUCAGAGACACUGAUCUCCCUUUCCGUGAACUUGGCGGCACAUCUAAGGCUGUGACGGGUAAAAGUCUUCGAUCGUGGCUUCUACAGCUACGAAACUCCCAGUGCGUGUUCCAAGACAGCCUGUGCUCACUCAUCGACACGGUGCUUGAUGGGUACAACAAAGCACGUCACGGGGCAGAGGCUUUUGGUGAAGCAGAAUUUUUGAAAUACCAGGAAGCUCUAACUGAACUGGCCUCUGUCGUCAAGUCUCGCAGCAGCAGCAGCACUCCGAGCCAGUACCACCAGUCCGCAGCCAAAGACCUGACCGGCACCACGGAGCCUCCGAGCUCCUCCUCCUCCCCCACCCAAACCACCUACCUCACAUCUUCAAUGCAGCAGCGCAGCAAGCGGCCCAGACACUUCCUGGAGCUGAAGAACUUCAAAGACAACUACAACACUCUGGACAGUUCGUUUUAAAAAUCUAUGACGUCCGUUAAAAAAAAGGUCAAAGAAAAGGUCAAGCUUUCAGUGAAUUAAGUGCCUACAGACGGCGACGCAUCACUGUCGCCAGAUCACAGUGAAAUGAUAAAAACCCUGUCUUCACUGUAUUAACACAUAUUGCCUAGUUUCCAGUAUAAAGCAUUUCACACUCAGUGCUCUCUACCUAAAUGUAGCGAAAGCGUAUAUCCCGUAUUAAUGCAUGUACGACUACAAAUGGCUGUAGUGAGUUACUAUAGUAAGUAGGGUUGAUUUAACCAAAACAAAACUGGAGCUAUGCAAUGGCACAAGACAAUCAGUAUUUAUUGUACAAUGUAAAGGCCUAUGCGGACUUGUUCCAAUGAACUAACUGUAUUUAAAUGCUUAGAGUUAACAAUGUUUGUAGAGAAACCCAGUGUUAAUGGAUUGGAAAAAAAAACGCACUGUUUGUCAAUUAUGUUUCGUCUCUGCUUUUUUUUUUUAGCCUUAAAUGUUUGUUUUACAGAAGCCAUAUUUGAUUUAAUGAAUGUUGAUGAUUAAGUGCUCUUAAGAUGUAAUCAGUGCUCUCAGUGCAAUGUAUUUAACUGUAUUACAGUGCAUUAAUGCAUGUUGCAUCAGGGGAAGUCUCUUUGACUUUAAAAAAGAAAAAGGUCGACUGACCCCCAGAUGUCUUACCUGUGUUUCUCUUGCUAUUCAGGGUUCCCAUCAGGUGAAUAAUUAUUUUCUGUGAUUCUUAUUGUACAAGUUGCCAUCCAAAUAAAACAGCUGAAAUGUUUUACAAUGUU